GCCUAACUGGAUUGGUUAUGCACGGGGCAGCCUGACCCGAAUUGGCUAUCUCUCGCUGUACAUAUUAUCAAACAGUCAAAGUACUUGUCUUUUCACCACUGCACCAUCAUGGCGAACAGGGACAAAGCGACCAACCAGUUAAAUGAUUUCAGCAAAACCCAGGGGAAACCUGAUGUCCUCACCACAGGCACAGGUGCCCCUGUUGGGCGCAAGAAUGCCACCAUGACUGUUGGACCACGGGGGCCUGUGCUGCUGCAGGACUUUGUGUUUACAGAUGAGAUGGCCCAUUUUAACAGAGAGCGGAUUCCAGAACGUGUUGUCCAUGCCAAAGGAGCAGGAGGAUUUGGCUACUUUGAGGUGACACACGACAUCACAAGGUACUGUAAGGCCAAAAUAUUUGAACAUGUUGGCAAGAGGACUCCAAUGGCGAUCAGGUUUUCAACUGUUGGUGGAGAGAAGGGAUCAGCUGACACAGCCAGAGAUCCCCGCGGGUUUGCCAUGAAGUUUUACACUGAAGAUGGAAACUGGGAUCUUGUGGGCAACAACACUCCCAUCUUCUUUAUCAGAGACCCCAUUCUGUUCCCCAGUUUUAUUCACACUCAGAAGAGAAACCCUGUCACCAACUUGAAGGACCCUGACAUGUUCUGGGACUUCAUUACGCUGCGUCCAGAGACCAGCCACCAGGUGUCCUUCCUGUUCUCAGACCGCGGCACUCCAGACGGUUUUCGCCACAUGAACGGCUAUGGCAGCCACACCUUCAAGAUGGUUAACGCCCGUGGGGAGGCUGUUUACUGCAAGUUUCAUUUUAAGACUGACCAGGGCAUCAAGAAUAUGACAGGAUCUCAGGCUGAUCAACUCUCUGCCAGUGACCCCGACUAUGCCACCCGUGACUUGCACAAUGCCAUUGCCGAGGGCAACUUCCCGUCAUGGUCUGCCUACAUCCAGGUGAUGAGCUUCGAGGAGGCAGAAAGGUUCAGAUGGAACCCCUUCGACCUCACCAAGGUGUGGCCCCAAGGGGAGUUCCCUCUGAUCCCCGUUGGUCGCAUGGUCCUCAACAGGAACCCCAAGAACUACUUUGCUGAGGUGGAGCAGAUCGCCUUCUCCCCGGCCCACAUGGUGACGGGCAUUGAGGCCAGCCCUGACAAGAUGCUGCAGGGUCGUCUCUUCUCGUAUUCGGACACCCAUCGGCAUCGUCUGGGCAGCAACUACCUCCAGAUCCCCGUCAACUGCCCCUUCAAUACCCACCGCCGCAACUACCAACGUGAUGGACCCCAGUGUGUUGAUGAAAACCAAGGUGGCGCUCCAAAUUAUUUCCCGAACAGCUUCACUGGGCCACAAGAUGACACCAAACACCUGGAGUGCCCUCUCAAAAUAUCCGGGGAUAUUGGCAGAUACAACACGGCCGAUGAUGACAACUUCAGCCAAGUCGGCAUCUUCUGGAGGAAGGUACUGUCCCCCACUGACCGUGACCACCUGAUCGACAACAUGGCCGGACAUCUCAUCAAUGCCCAGGACUUCAUUCAGAAGCGGGCAGUCAGUAACUUCGGCCAGGCUGACCCUGAGUAUGGCCGCCGACUGCAGGACGCUCUCAAUGCCUUGAAGGCAAGGGCACAGAGUGGGGUCACCGCCAACCUUUGAGAAGCUGGGAAAAAAUGUGUGAAAGGAAAUUCUGAAGAAAUUAGUUAUCAGAACUGCUUUCAAUUUGUUGAUUCCAUGAUCACAGCCUGAAGACUGAUGAUGCACACUAUUUAUCACUUUAAAGAGACUAAUAAUUAAUGCUGAAUGACAAAUCACUGAUGAUAUGUCAUACUUUGCUCAGAAUCAUAUGUUGAUUGGCAGGCUGAAAUUGUUAUCUCUUACAUCUGAGCUGUUGACUUGGUUGAUAACUGUUCCUAACACAUAGUUGUGGGUCAUAUGCGAUUCAGCAAAUAUAUUUACACCAAGGAAUCACAAAGCACUCAACACAGCUAUACAGUAAGCGAUACACAUGUAGGAUAAAAAGUGAGAUGCUGGUUUCCUUUGCUUUGCAAGUAAAUCACUUCCUGAAAUCACAGACACAUCCUCAGCUCUGAUUGUUGAAGGAAUGUUUAGGAACAUGAUUAUUAGUUUGUCAUCUGAUUCUGAUUUCAAGGAAGCAGUAACAUCAUUAGUUACUCAUUAGCUGAUAAUGAAGACGAAUAUCAUCAUAUACAUAAAGGAUACAGGUUAACACCAUCUUGCUGUCACUGAGACUUGGAAGAGGGUCCUUGGUUUUGGCUUCCAUUGUGCUUUCUGUGUUCAUUUAGAUUUUUGAUUUAAGGAACCAUUAAGGUUGUGAUAUGAAAUGUUUUCUUCACAUGAUUGGUUUUCGUGUUCAGUAUUUCAUUAAUCAUAUAUUUGUUUUUGGUUUCUUGUAUAUUUGAACUUUUGAUGUGAUGAUUGUGGUACUAAAGAACGAGAAAAUCUAGUCGUUAUAGAAUCAUUGAACAGUGAAGUAAAGGUUUGUAAAUUUAUUGAAUUCAGUUGUGUCAGUGUAAAUGACAUGAUUUGUGACUUCUGUUUGUGUAUAUUCAGAGAAUGACUGCCUACUUUCCUUGAACAUUGUGGAAUAAAUAAUGUUUGAAUAUGGAU